AUGCUUGGAUACUUUGUGAUUACUCUUCUCAAAACGAAAUCUCGCAAUGAUGUUGAACGUUUUAGAACACUCAGUUUUAAUACUAUUCGCGGAUCCACUUGCAAUAAGAAUACAUUCGCGUGUUUAAACAACAUUGUUUGUGGUUGGCAAGAUUGCCUAGUUGUCACAAAUAAGGGGCCGUCCUUGUUGCUUAAAGCUGUACAUAUCAGUAUUCAACAUAUUUUCGGCUACUCGGAUAUUCCUGAUAAGGUGAUUGAUUUAGUCUUGGCUCAACUCACGGAUCUCGAAGGUGUUCCCGUGACAAGUGAGCAGUUUUUUGAAUACACCUCAUAA